UUAUUUACAUGGGAAGACUUCCAUUACACAGUCCAUGCCCUCAUUUGCAGUUGUGUUUUGUUUCGCAGCACAUCUCAGACGCUUCUUGUUGCCAAUAAUGAACAUAAAGGGACAGCGGUUGACUGAACACAAGCAAACGCUCACUAUUGUGUCACAUUUUUCACCCCAGUGUGAAAUGCUUAACAUUCAAAAUUAAGACCACGUAAGUGAGGCUGUGUGUGUCUACAUACUCCCCACACACCAGUUGCUCAUAGUGGUUUCCUGUCUGGGAACGUGUCCUUUGGUUCUGGUGCUGAGUGUUUAAACUGGGUCGGUGUCAUGGAGGAACUGGCCCGGGAGAGCAUCAGCCUGUUGGUCCGGUCUGCAUCUGUAGCCGAUCCCCCGAGGCUCGGCUCGUUUGGAGCGGUGUUCAUCAUGCUGAAGUCCGCGCUGGGAGCGGGACUGCUCAACUUCCCCUGGGCUUUUAGGAAGGCUGGGGGUGUGAACACCGCCAUCACUGUGGAGCUGGUGUCUCUGGUGUUUCUCAUCAGCGGUCUGGUCAUCCUGGGUUAUGCGUCGUCCGUCAGCAGACAGAAGACCUAUCAGGACGUAGUGAGGGAGGUGUGUGGACGAGCUGUGGGUCAGCUCUGUGAAGUCUGUUUUUGCUUCAACCUCUUCAUGAUAAGCGUCGCCUUCCUGGUGGUGGUGCAAGACCAACUGGAAAAACUGUGUAUUUCUUUAUACGAGACUGUGACCGGAUCAAGUGAGGCAGACAUGCCUUACCACUGGUACACUGACCAGCGCUUCGCCCUCUUCAUCAUGUGUCUUCUCAUCAUCCUGCCUCUGUCUAUCCCAAAAGAAAUCGGCAUACAGAAAUACACAAGUGUACUAGGGACGCUUGCUGCUACGUAUCUCUGUGUCGCAGUCGUUGUCAAGUAUUAUCUAAUGGACAGCCACAGGAUUACUUACACAGAGCAAAGCCGAGGAGUCAGUUCCUGGGCCUCCAUGUUUAGUGUGGUACCAACCAUUUGCUUUGGCUUCCAGUGCCAUGAAGCCUGUAUAGCAAUCUACAGCAGUAUGGAGAACCAGAAUCUCCUCCACUGGGUGGCCAUCUCUGUGCUCUCCAUGUUUUUCUGCUUGCUCACUUACACUCUGACUGGUGUGUAUGGCUUCUUGACCUUUGGGGAAGGCGUAGCCUCAGAUAUUCUGAUGUCAUAUCCUGGAAAUGACGUGGUGAUGAUCAUCUCCAGGCUGCUGUUUGGAGUAUCAAUCAUCACGAUAUAUCCCAUUAUUCUUCUGCUGGGGAGAUCUGUGAUCCUGAACCUGGUGCUACGACUUCAAAUAAAUCGUUGGGGGGUGGUCACUCAUUCGUUUGAGAGUCGCUGCAGAGUCGUUCUGACUGUGGCCUGGAUCUCCUUCACGCUUCUGAUUGCCAUGUUUGUCCCAGACAUGGCCGACGUCAUCAGCGUCAUUGGAGGAAUCAGUGCCUUCUUCAUCUUCAUCUUCCCUGGUCUUUGCUUAGUGUUCACAAUGCAGACUGAAGAUGUCUCUCCAAGACUCCGGGACAUUUUAAGCAUCUGGGGCGUUGUAACAAUCGUGGUUGGAGCUUUCAUCUUUGGACAGAGCACCACCAUUGCUGUGAUGGAGAUUUUCCACAAGUUCAAAGCUUAACAAAGCCAUUUCUCUGCAGCAGAACCUCACCUCUUCUGGCGAACUGGACAUUGAUUUUUCAUGGCUGGCUUUUACUUGUACAUUGUACGUUUUGUCUUCUUGAGCAGAACAUAUGUUUAUGGAAUAUGUUUGUGUGCAGUGCAAUUUUCAGUUUGAAUGGAUUUUAUUUUAACGUUUGUGUAAUAAGUCUGUAUAUAUAUUUGAUUAUGGUUAAGCAUGUUUGCAGCAGAAGUAUUAUACAGAUGAUCCGUGUCUUUUUGAGUAUUCAUGUAUUACUGAACCUUGCCAGGGGGCGCUAUUGCACCAUUUAUAAAUUACUGAACUGUCCCCCCCCACUCCACAUCAUUCAUGAAACUGUUUCUUGUCGAUUUAGGCAAGGGAAAACAAGCUUUUGUCCCCUUUCUGCUCACCUCUGUGACCAUUUGCUUGAGUGAAAUAAGAAGAAUGCUUUAAAUCUUGUUUCUUUCUGGGUCCUGAGCACUUCUCUGUUCUCUUUUUCCCCUUCCCAAUCUAAAUCACAGCAGCAGUAUAAAUCUGCUGUAGAAGUGAACUGUUUACUAUUUAUCCUCUUCAAGCUUAAAUGAGUUGUGGGUCGCAGCUUGCAGCCGUGCACAUGUGAUUUACAGUGAAUCUACAAACCGGUUCUGUCAGGCUCUGGACUCAGAGGGGGGCGAUUAUCAGCAUCAUAUCAGGCUGAAAUUCAAGAAUCAAGCAGAUGACGCAUGUCUGCCUGAACUCAGAGAAAAUGAUUUUUUUAAGCAUGAAAAUACAGAGCAGCUUUAAUGGAUUCCUCUGUUAUGUAAUGGAUGUUUUCAUCUUGGGUGGAACUGCUCGUAGUGGCAAAACCUGUGACACUCUGCUUGUGUUUAGUCCUCGGGAUUAUAGUGUGACCUGGCCAAAUGUUUAAAUCCAUUAAAUGCAGCUGGGAAAAAAUGCUUGAAAAUCACACAGAGCCCCUCACAAAUCCUGCAGCUGCUCUCUGGCUUCAUAAAGUAGACAUGGUUCUAACUAGCAUGCAGCUUUCAAAAGAUUAACACCUCUGCUGUCUGAACACAUUUGCAACAUUUGAGACCUUUCUGUCCAGAAAUAUACGGUUUAAUUUGACAUUUUCAUUUUUAUAGUCAUUAUUCAAUACCAACAGAUGAGAGACUGUCAUUAUUUCACAGCUUAAAGCAAAAUUGAGAAUAAAAUAGUUUUUUUUA